GGUCGGUAGAACAGCAAAAUUGUAAAACACAAAUGAAAACAUCUCAAAAACAGCAUGUAUGCGGUUCGACAUUAGUACAAACUAUCAAUGCUCCAUUACCUCUAGUAUGGUCAAUCCUACGUCGUUUUGAUAACCCAAAAACAUACAAACAGUUCGUGAAAAAGUGCGAGCUACGCUCGGGAGAUGGAGGAGAAGGCUCUGUCCGUGAAGUCACGGUGGUUUCCGAUCUUCCGGCGAGUUUCACCCUAGAAAGAUUAGAUGAACUUGACGAUGAGUCUCAUGUGAUGGUGAUCAGCAUUAUUGGUGGUGAUCAUCGUUUGGUUAAUUACCGGUCAAAGACGAUGGUGUUUGUGGCGACGGAGGAGGAGAAGACGGUGGUGGAGGAGAGUUAUGUGGUGGAUGUGCCGGAAGGAAAUACUGAGGAGGAAACGACGUUGUUUGCUAAUACUAUCGUUAAGUGUAACCUUAGGUCAUUGGCUAAGUUAUCGGAGAAGAUGGUGGAGCUCACGUAAAGUUGUAAAAGACGUGUGAUUGUAAUAAUAGCUAGUAUUAAUA